CCUGUCAAAACCAGCGGGGAGGGGACCUGAUGAGAAAAGGGAUAGAACGGAGGAGAGCAGGGGUGGAGUGGGGGAAAGAAAACCCGGCCCCUCUUACACCACCCCGACUCUUCGGCAUUCAGCGUCAGCAAAAACCCUAAUGUGAUCAAGAUGGAAGUUGUCUUUGGACUUUUCACUGCUUCCCGGCUUUCUGCCUGCCUUUGGGGGCUUCACUGCUUUUCCGACAGUUUUACAGUGGAGAUACUGACUGGAGUCCAGAAAAUGGCUUGCAGAAACCUAGACUAAGGAGAGCUUACGAAAUAAAACAUAUGUCAAGUCACUUGAAAAGAGAUGGAUUCAUAACUGACUCCCAUGCGUGGACGCAUUGCUUUCGGUAGAUGAAUGAAAAGACUUACAAAACAUCUCUGGAUGGAAGCAAAUACUGGAUCUGUAACCUUUUUGUUGGAUUAUCACCUGGUGUUUAAUCACUGUAUGUACAGCUACUGGAUUAUAUUGUAAAAAAAACUUUCAUCACUGGAGAAUUUACAAAAAGUGAACAUUGUUACUCCGUCUUAAAAUAUCUGGAAUGUAUUGAGGUGUCCGUUUUGCACUUGGUUUCGAGGACAAGCAGAAGAAGCAACUGCUUUGGGACAUUUCUUUUUUGUAACCUUGUACUCUUAAAUAAUAACAAGGUGCAAGCUUCAUGCCACAGGGUGCAGAUGGUGCCAUCCAGCUCUUCUCCUGAGAAAACAAAAGGUGAAAAGUGGAGAAAAAACACCUGUCUCAGACUUUGGUAUGACUUUCACUGCUUAAGAAACUACUCGCAGAUCUGAUUCUCGGCUUUUCCCUGGCGUCAUAAACAGCUGUAUGGGAUAGCACUGGCUGUCCACCAUGCCAGUAGCCAUACGGAAAAGAAGUUGGGAGGAGCACGUGACUCAUGCUUCAGGAUUACAAUAUAGCUAUGAUGAUCUGGAUCUGGUCUGCUGUCAUGGGGUGGACAGCGAGGGACCGUGGAUGGGAGCGGGAGCUUCCAAACAAGGCCGACGGACGAGGUGUGCCUCCAUGCCAGAGGGCUGCCACCAGCUGCCCACGGAGGACCUGGUUCAGACACUUAAUGUGACAACUUCUGUAGUGAACGAUGACACUGAAUCAGAAGAACUGAAGUUAACGGAAAGCAAUGUAAAAAUUCCAUUGGAUUUUCAAGAGAAGUCAGUUUAUGGCCCUUGUGUUUUGGUGGAUGUUGACGUUCCCCAAAGGGCCUCUGAAUCAGAGCAUCUCCAAACCACAAAUAUUGGGAAUUCUGGAGAGUCUCACUGUAACUCAAACAGUGGGAUGUCAAUUAUUGCAAACGUUUCUUGUGCAACUGACAGCAGCAGUCACAGCGAGAAAACUGUCAAUGGCGAAGGUGAAGUUGGCACAGAGAGUAGGCAGAGUCACGACAUCUGCAAUGACGAUAAUGUCUUUAAAAGUCCACAUAUCUCUCGUGAAGAGCAACAAUGCAUCUCUAUCUCUAUAAACAAUGAGUCUCCACUGUCUGAAUCUGCUGGUGAACAGCCUGGCAAGCUUCCAAAUCAUCAGGAAACAAAGGAGAGCCAUACAGAGGGUUACAGCAGACCUCCUGAAAUCUCUGAGGACACACUAAACCAGUCUUCUGCUGCUGAACUGGAACCUCAAACCGACCUCCCAGAUGUAGAGGAAGAGAAGAUUUCCACCCCUGGCCACGCUGAUGCAAGCGUAACCUUACCUGUUGGUGUGCUGCACAGUUCUGUUAAUAUGAUGGAGGGUGGUGACGGGAUGUCACAGGCUAACAAAACUGUAGAACCAGUUGUGACUUUAGUGGUAAAAAGAGUAUGUGACGAAGGAGGAACCGAAGGCUGGAGUGCAGAUUCUGCUGAAAAGCUGGAUGGAUUAAGUGACUCAGAGCCUCUAAAUGAAAAUACAGGACUAAAACAUCACUCAAGAGACAUUCAAGGAGCAGAGCAGGAUCGUCAUGACUGCAAUGGAGUAUUGGAUCAGACUCACGAUUGUGAAAUAUCCUACCAGACAGUGUUGGAACAGCAUAACGCUGAAAGGACAGUGAUGAUCGGGCCUCAGGGAGAGGUAAAUACACAAACAGAAAGCAGCGAGAAGAAAGCAGAAGUCAGGUAUGGGCCAAUCACAACGUCUGAUAUUUGUUUCAAAAGUCAGUGUUGUUCUUUGACAGUGAACAGCAAUAUGUCAUCUGAAAAACUGGAUACUGGAUAUUCAGAAGGAAACCCCAUACAGACGGACAUUACUCAGUGUGCAGACAAGUAUGUGGAAACGACGACCUCCCUAAGUCAACCAAUGGAAAACACUGAUGAAAGCUCAGUGUCCAAAGAUUCGGCUUGUGCAGAUCAAACCAUAGCUCAGCAGUUGGAAAAUAGCUGUUCAAAACUGGAUACUAUCCCAGAGGUUAGCCACAGUGAGCCAGAUGACACCCCUGUACUGAAUCCUCAAAGGAACUCAGAUUUCACCCAAAAUCCAGAUGUUCAGCACUCCCACAUUGGUGAUAAACACCCAGCUACUGAGCAUCACUCUGAAAAUCCGCCACCAUGCUCUGCAGAGGUGAACGAUGAGCUCUUACCAGAGGGACACCAUGGCAACCAAGAGGCCUCUGCUUGUUACUUCAGUGAGUCACCUGCCUCUGAGGUGGCAGAUGGUCAGAGGGAACACCACAGACCGGCAGCGUCAGUCUCCAGAAUGGAGGAGACAGAUGAGGACACACACAAGGUUUUUUACGGUGACACACAACUCGCCAGUCCGGUUUCAGAUGGAACGAAUGAACACGGAGAUCAGAAAGAGGACAACGUGGUCAAAGUGCGCAUGAGAAAGCGUGAGCAUGCGCGUCUGGACUCAAUGGUGUUGCUGCUAAUGAAGCUGGACCAGUUGGACCAGGAAAUUGAGAAUGCGCUCAGUGCCACCUCUUCCAUGGACAGCACCCCGACCCCCCACCGACGACAGCUCCUGGAGUUUGAUUUAGGAUCUUUGACAGCAGCAUUACAAAACCCUCCACAGUCUCCUUCUGCCUCCACUUCAGGAUCUACACCAGCCCUUGGAGCAAAACCAAAGAGUGGGAGCACCUCGACCAUCCCUGAGAAAGAAAAAGCCGAGAUUGAAGCCAAAGAGGCCUGUACCUGGCUCCGAGCAGCAGGGUUCCCGCAGUACGCCCAGCUUUACGAAGAUGCCCAAUUUCCCAUCGACAUCUCUUCAGUGACCAGAGACCAUGACUUCCUCGAUCGGGACGCUAUUGAGGCGCUCUGCAGGAGACUGAACACCCUCAACAAGUGUGCUCUAAUGAGACUGGAGAUAUCGCCGCAGAGAAAGAGAAGUGAGGACUCCGAUGAGGACGAGCCUUGUGCCAUCAGUGGCCGCUGGACCUUCCAGAGGGACAGCAAGCGCUGGUCCCGUAUGGAUGAGCUGGAGGUUUUUUCCUCACUGUCCUCAGAUGCUGCCCCACCGCCAUUCCCCAAGGACCAAGUAUCCCAGAAAGGAAAGCUCUCCCUGCACGAAGGCCACAGUUCAGAGAGUGUGCUGACCGACCUCAGUGAACAGCCUGAAGUGGGCUCCAUCCACAGCAGCGGAAGUGGAGGAAGAGGAGAAGAGAAGAGCCAUGCCGCCACCCUGACAAAUGAAGCUGUACCCGCUGGUGCCACUCGGGCCAGCUCUGUAGCCAGCAUGUGUUCGUCGUCCGGCACGGGCGGGUCAGGAUGCGCCAACGAGGACUCUCUGUCUGAUGGGAUGCCCCCAUCGCCCCUGGAGACACUCGGGCAGUUCACCUUCGAUGUGAAAACAGGGAUGGGAGGACUGGGAGGAAGUCUGGACAGAGGAGGAGGCAGCGGCAAAAGCACACGCUCAAGAGCCAAGAGCUUCCUCAAGAGGAUGGAGAGCCUACGGCUGCGCAGUGGCACCACCUCCAAGAGAAAGAAGAAAGGGAGCACCACCGGAGGGAAGAUAGAAAUCAGCGGCCCUGUCAUCAAGGAGGGUCUAGAUGAUGACAAGUUGCGGAGGCUCAACUGUGUGGACAUCUCCAGUAUCAACCUCAACCAGAACCUCAAUCACCACCGCAAUCCCACUCAGACUAUGACACUUAACAGGAAUCGCUCCGUAUCCUACUCCACUCAGACCAGCAACGGCAGCACUGGAAGCACUGGGAGCAGCCAGUCUGAAGCCAGCAGUGGAAGCGCAGUGAGCACACCGAGCCCGGUGACUCGCGCUCGCAGCCACAGCACGGCCGCAGGCUCUAGUAAGAGAGGAGGAAUGUAUCUGGAGGGUUUUGAUCCCUUCAGCAUUCCCCAACAAGCUUCAGAUCGACAGCCAACACCCCCACCCAAAUCUGCCCCACCCAUUCCCUGCAAAGCUAGUAACGGGAUGACAGUGGAUGAGCAGAACCGCAGGAACAACUUCAGUGUCGGAGGUAAUAACAGACAAGCGGAGGAAGAAGAAGAAGAAGAGGAAGAGGACGGAAUGAUCUUCUUCUAUCUACCAGAAGGUCACAAGCCUGGAACCUUCCCCAAAGCCCUGCAGGACGGGAGUUCGCGCAAUAACAACGGGAACGAUAACGGGAACUCGGUGAUCCUCAGGGGGCGGCAAAGUAGACGUCAGCGCCGUGGCUCUUCGGGCUCCGUCGACAGCCGGCUCAGUUUUUAUGACAACGUCCCCUACACCGAGAGAGAGGAGGAAGAAGAGGGAGACGAACCCAAACUGGAGCAAGUGCUACAACACGUCAGCGGCCUGCAGCGGUUCGUCAACGCCUGGUCGGAAGCUGUGGCCGGUGAAGAAGAGGAGGAGGAAGAGGAUGAAGAGGAAGAAGGAGACUCAGACUCGGCACUGGACUCGGCCUCGCCUUGUCCAUCGUCUCCACUGCAGAACCGGCUGGAGGAGACGGAGAACGGGAGUGACCAAGACAGCACAGGAAACCCGCUGGGCGAGGGAGAGGAAGGGAUGAGGGAGAGAAGAGACUCUGGUGUUGGAGCAUCUCUAACCAGAAGCAGCAGGCCACAGAAGCUCCGCUGGCCAAGCUUCCAGAACUCCCAUCGGCCCAGCUUGGCGUCGGCCCAGCUCCAGAUUAGCUGCCAGUCUGUGCUACAGAUGAAUCUGCUCCAGAAGCUCUCCCUGCUGCAGCUCACUGCUCUGCUGGAGAAACACACGCCUACAAACAAACAUGGCUUCAGUUGGGCUGUGCCAAAGUUUAUGAAGCGGAUCAAGGUGCGCGACUACAAAGACAGGAAUGUGUUCGGUGUGCCCUUACAAGUCAUCGUCCAGCGGACAGGACAGCCCCUCCCUCAGGGAAUCCAGCAGGCCAUGCGCUAUUUGCGCAACCAGUGCCUCGACCAGGUGGGUCUUUUCAGAAAAUCUGGAGUUAAAUCUCGCAUCCAAGCUCUCCGUCAGAUGAACGAGGCGUGCGGCGCAGACGGGGGAGGAGUCAACUACGAGGGCCAAUCGGCGUACGACGUCGCGGACAUGCUGAAGCAGUACUUCAGAGAUUUGCCAGAGCCCCUGCUCACCAGCAAACUGUCUGAGACCUUCCUCCAGAUUUAUCAGUACAUGCCUAAAGAACUCCGUCUGCAAGCGGUGCGCGCCGCCGUGCUGCUGCUGCCCGACGAGAACCGCGAGGCGCUGCGGACGCUGCUGUGCCUGCUGAGCGACGUGACGGCCAGCGUCGGCGAGAACCAGAUGACCCCCACCAACCUGGCAGUCUGUCUGGCCCCGUCCCUCUUCCACCUCAACACGCUGCGGCGCAAGGAGAGCUCCUCGCCAAGGGUGAUGAACAGGAAGCAGACACUGGGAAAGCCGGACCAGAGAGACCUGAAUGAGAACCUGGCUGCCACUCAUGGCCUGGCACACAUGAUCCAGGAGUGCAGGAAACUCUUCCGGAUCCCAGAGGAAAUGAGCCGCUGCAGGAACUCGUACGUGGAGCAGGCGCUGCUGCCACAACGCCUGGAGGACCUCGCAGGUGAAGAGGCCGGGCGUGGAGGUUACAGGGCCUUCCUACAGGACAGCCUAGACGCCCACCUCAAAGAGGCCAAGGACAAGUUUAAGGGUUACGAAAGCUGCUCCACGCCCGAGCACGCCGAGCUGGCAUGCAGGAAGGUGCACGAUGGGUUUCCACUGCGGCUGUGGAAGGUGAACGUGGAGGUGCCUGCAAGCCCCGAAGAGGUUUUGGCACGAGUGCUGCGGGAGCAGGGGCACUGGGACGAGGACCUGCUCGAGAGCCGGAUAGUGGAGUCCCUGGAUGAGAGGACGGAGGUCUACCAGUAUGUCAGGAACACCAUGGCUCCACACCCCACAAGAGACCACCUGGUGCUCAGAACAUGGGCGACAGACCUGCCAAAGGGAGCCUGUGCCCUUGUGUGUACAUCUGUGGACCAUGAAGGCGUGCCUGUUGUAGGCGUCCGGGCCAAUGUCCUCACCUCACGUUACUACAUCGAGCCCUGCGGAUCCAGCAAGUCCAGACUCACACAUAUUUCCAGGAUCGACUGCAGGGGUCGUUUCCCAGAGUGGUACAAUAAACUGUAUGGACACUUGUGCGCCGCCGAGGUGGCGCGGAUACGUGACUCAUUCACUGUGUCCAUGGACAAAUGAGAAAGCAGCGUGCAAUGUGGGCGACAACAGACUCAACAGCUCCUUUGAACCUCGACCAUAUUUUGGAUCCUCCAGAGGACUCGAAAUGACUCAUUACACCCAUUCCAACAUAGAGAGCUAGAUGGGUCCAAGUCUCUUUAUAGUCACAUUAAAAGGACAAAUCCUGGAUCCUGGAUUGAAGGACUUUUUAUUUGCUCUGAUUUUGUCACAGCAGACUGUUCUGUUUGGGGCUCUCGGUGUGCUGCCAAGAGGCCUCAUGUCACACGGACAUUUAUCUGGGCCAAAGGACAUGACGUCGCCGAUACGGGAUGUGAGGUUUAAACUUUAUCCAAAGGGUGCUAUUGCUUCUGAGAAGCAAGGGAGGAUUCAGCAAGUGUGUGUGUGUGUGUGUGUGCGGGUGUGUGCAUGAGUGUUCAAUGCGACAAAAACGGUUAAUAAAUACAUCCUCGCACUGGUUUCCAGUGGCAGCAUAAUAUGUACAUACAGUAUCCUGUUCACGGUAAUGGUUUGUGUCUGUCUUGUGUUACCUCUGCUCCUUUUUUUUUCCUCUGUUACAGCAAAGCACAGGAGGAAUAGUAGACAAUAUUAUAGUCAGUUGAUUGAUGAAUCCAUGGGUGAAGAAAGAUGUGAAUGUGCUGGUAAUACGCAGACCGAGUAGAGACAAUAGACCGGAUGUAGUGAGAUGACAGGUGGUGGAUAGCACAGAGUAGAGGAAAGGCAAAGAGAGACGAGAACCGGUGGCUGGCUCACCGAAAAGAGAAGGAACGAUCGGAGAAAGAUCCUCUUAUACUAACGUGUAAAUAAAUAGAUGUCUGCUCAAGUCCCUCAGGAAGAAUUAAAAUUCACGUUUAAUGACCUUGAUUGGAAGAUAAAUGGGCUAAAUGAGUUAUGUAAAAAGCUAAUUAUUCAACAGUAAAAGCUCAUUUGGGACAGUUUGUGAGGCUCAGUGUUAAGAGACUGGAUUAAGACCAACAGAUGUACGAUAAUGGACCAAAUUUGGAAAAAAAAGCUGAAAGAAGUAUUGAACUUUUCCUCAAUAUAAAAAAAAAAAUAUUGAUUCCACGAUGAUUUUUGAUGUACAUGAGAACAGAAAAAAAACAACAUAUUGUUCUAACUUGCAACAGAAACCUCUGGCUAGUCCUAUAAAAAGAUGAGAAGUAAACAGAGGAAAACAUGGUCCUUUUAUAAAGGUGGAGAUUUUACAGGUUUUACUGUAAAGAAGAGGGCAGAUUGAAUGUUUGUGUGUGAUUUCAAAAGGAAGGAAUACUAUCUUUGCGUAAGCUUCUUUCUCUGUGCUCUUGUGUCGGUGUUUUCAAAAAUAAAAAA